UAUAUAAUUUAUAUAUAUAUAUACACCAGGUAGUAACACAAGAAAAAACUUAGGAUAUCAACCUGAUGUGAAUUUCAAUUUGCAUUUGUAUUUCUUAUAUUAUAUAUAGAUUUCACUGCCAGUAAAAGAAAAAACUUUCUUUUGAAAGUGUGUGUUGUGAUUUGUUAAACGCAUAAGAAUAUUUUUAAAACACAAUGAUACGAGGCACAGAAUCACCGUCUCCUGAUAUGAUCAAUCAAAUGGACGAAGAGGAACUUAUUUACAACGAAGAUGUUAUUGAAGUUAUAGAUCCUGAUUCGCUCAACAACGAAGAAGUGAUGAAAAUAGAUUCAGAAAAAGAGGAUGCAACUUUAGUAUUCACCGGACACAAAUCUGGAUCUGUCUUUUGCGGUUUUUUAAGUAAGGCUGGAAAGAUAGCAGUUACUGGAAGUGAAGAGGAUAAGGCCUAUGUUUGGGACACAACGACUGGAGAAAUUAUUUUAAAUUGCACUGAUCAUAAAGAUAGCAUUAUAUUCGCUGAAUUCAAUUUCGAUGAAACCUAUUUGGCUACCGGUGAUAUGAGUGGCAUCAUACAAUUGUGGAAAUUAAGCGACAAAUCUUUGAUUUGGAAUUACAAUAUGGGAGAUGUUACUUGGAUGAAGUGGCAUAUGGCAGCUAACGUUUUAAUCGCAGGCUCCGUAAAUGGUGAAAUUUUCAUGUGGAAAAUACCUGAUGGGGAUUGCAAAGUUUUACAAGGUUUUGGAAACAGAGCAGAAGCAGGUGUAAUUUUACCUGAUGGUAAACGACUUGCAGUUGGAUAUGAAGAUGGUACAAUUCGUGUAUUCGAUUUAAAAUCAAAUAACAUGAUAUCAACAGUUCCUUCUAAUGUAGGCCAUAAUUCAGCCAUAACAGCGCUUGAUUGUUAUAUGGAUAAUAAUUUAAUAUUAUCCACAGCAGUAGAUGGAAAAACUAUUCUUAGUAUGUCGCAUACAGGAAAGAUAAUAUCUAUAUUACAAGAUCUUAAUAGCGAACAAGAAAAUGAUAUGGAAGAUUCUGAUAGAAAUUGGGUAGAGACGAUAGCUUUCUGUAAAGAUCCCACAUUUCAAGUAGCUGCAACAGGUAGUUUAAAUGGAGAAAUUUUUAUUUGGGAUAUACCAAAACAGAUACUUCGGCACAAAAUAGAACAAGAAAGUGGUAUAAGUAAAAUCUUAUGGAAAGGUACAUCGUCAUUGCUAUUUUCUGGUGGACUCGAUGGUAUUCUCAGAUGCUUUGACGCGAGAAAUGGAUUAUGUUUACACCUAUUUACAGGACAUUCCAAAGAUAUUCUUGAUUUACACAUAUCCGAAGAGGGACAAAUCGUAUUAACAACAUCUGAUGAUUUCACUGCGAGAAUAUUUGAUAUCUCAAAUUUAUUUUAAUGUAAUCUGAUAUCUAGGUAUUUAAAAAAUUUGUUAUGUUCUUAAAUACAAUUACAAACAUAGAAAUAUACAUAUUAGGAGAAUAAUAA